UGUGGCAUAGAAGAAGAAAACUUUGCCGGCUUAACUCUAAAACAUCAUACAUCCAAGAUACAGGAUUUCUCUGAUCUUAUGCAUGUUGAAAGAUAUGGCUUUCGAGGGGAAGCUCUGAGUUCCUUGUGUGCUUUAAGCGACGUUUCCAUUUUCAUCUGUCACAAGUCAGCAAAGGUUGGGAGGCGGCUGGUGUUUGAUCACAAAGGGACAAUUGCCCUGAGAGUCCCUUAUCCCCGCCAACAAGGGACAACAGUCAGUGUGCAGCAGUUGUUCCAUGCGUUGCCAGUGCGGCACAAAGAAUUUCAGCACAACAUUAAAAAGGAGUAUGCAAAAAUGGCUCAGGUGUUGCAAGCAUACUGCAUCCUUUCCAGAGGGGUCCGGAUGACCUGC